AGUGAUAACUGCUGCAAUAACUCUAUUGUUGGUGGCUGGAGAAAUGAGAGUGGGAGACCAGUCUACCAGGAAACAGAUGGGACCACUUGUGUGUAUGUAAUUAGUCUACACCGCAAGAGAGAUUGCCAUGACCACAAAUCAGGACUGUGGAGAUGUGAUAUACCUGGAGAGAUGCGGAGCCUCUACAUCUACAUCAGCAACAAUAGGUCAGUAUCUAUGAACUUCACUCUACACACGGAGCUCAGAGCAAGUGUUCCUGAAUUCACUAUCUCAUGGAGGACCUGCAACAACUGCCCAGUGGACAGUAAAUGGAGUCCCAGUGCAGGAAGACGAAUAUAAUG